ACUAUCCUUUCAAUGUUCUCAUCGUCGGCUUCUUUGUCGACCAGCUAAAGGAUCAACUCGUCACUCCACUCAGAAACGCCCCGCCCACUAUCACAAUGGCACCACUCGUAUGGCUAAUAACAGGCUGUUCCUCCGGCUUCGGCCAGCAAUUCGUCCACAGCAUACUGGCCCGAGGCGACAAAGUCAUCGCCACAGCACGCACCCUAUCCAGAAUUGCACACCUGGAGCAGCUUGGAGCGUCCACACUUCAACUCGACAUCACAUCCAGCCAGUCCUCUAUCGACGCUACGAUCGCCAAAGCCAUCAGCAUCUACGGCAGAGUCGACGUCCUCGUCAAUAACGCGGCGUUCAUCCAGAUCGGCACGCUAGAGGAUUUGCAGUACGAGGAUUGGGUAAAGCAAUUCGACACGAAUGUCUUCGGGACUAUAAAAGUUACUAAGGCGGUGCUACCACAUUUCAGGGAGAGGAAGAGUGGGUGCAUGGUGUUUAUUAGUUCGCUUUCGGGUUGGGUGGGGCACGAUGCCUGCGGUGCUUACGCGGGGUCCAAGUUCGCUCUUGAAGGUAUCGUCGAAGCCCUUAACAGGGAGACCGCGCCUCUCGGAAUUAAGACCCUCUUGAUCGAGCCAGGCCGGUUUCGCACCAAUCUCCUUUCCAGCGGCAACAUGAAAGCCGUGCCGUCCAGGAUUCCUGACUACGCCGACAUGUCCAGCGAGAAGAUGAAAGGGCUCGCGAAGGAAGACCAAGCGCAGCCGGGGGAUCCGAAGAAGCUGGUUGAAAUCACUCUGGACCUGGUGAAAGGAGAGGGUGUCGCAGAAGGGAGGGAGAUCCCGUUACGGAUGCCGCUGGGUAUUGAUUGCGCGGAUGAGCUGAGGACUAAAUGUGAGGAGACGUUGAGGGUGCUAGAAGAGUGGGGAAGUGUUAUCCGAGAUACUGAUCUACAGCGAUAAGGAUUGACCGAGU